AUGGAUGCACUGCAGCGGUACCGCACUGGCUGUAUGGCAGCCAUGCUGGAGUUGGAUUCUCUGCAGGAGCGCCAUUUCUCAGUCUCCUCAGGGGCUCCUCUGGCCGGAGAGACAGAGGAGCCCACGACCCUCUGCUCUCCGAUUCGGUCCGCGCGCCGAAGCGCGGCCAACGAGGUGGACAAGGCUGGCACUUUAACAUCCAGCCCCAUUGACGCGGCGCAGCUUCACCACCGAUACCGCGUCAUGAGAGCGCGCCUCGCCGAGACCCUAGCGGGGCAGUCAGCGUACAUGCAGGAGAUUACGCUUCAGCAGCAGCUCCGCGAGCGCGAAGGGGUCAUGGGUGAGUACAUGUGGAGUACGCGGCUUCUUGUGGAGCAGGAAUCGGCAGAGCGCGCACACCUCGCCUCAUUGUGGGCUUAUUUUAUUGCGUCUGCACCGGAGCGGUGGACUGCAUCCAAAGCACGUGCCGGCACUGGGCUCAAAUCUUCGGCAGCGGUGCGUGUGCAGCAAAUCCCCGCCACAGCCGUGCCGCCUCCGCCAGAGGAAGCGAAAGACGCCUCCUACGCUGUCGCAGCCCCGCUGCCGCAGCCGUCCACAUACGGCGGCGACGAGGCAGCUCGUCUGGUGGAGCAGAACAAAGCGCUGCUGCGAGAUCUCUAUCACUCGAAAGAGCGCACAUGUGUGCUGCUUCACGAGCAGCAGAAGGGCCUACAAGAAGCGCAAGAGUGUGCGUUGGCUCAACUCAUUGCCCGCCACGAUGCCGAGAAGGCUGCGCUGGAGACACGUGUGUACGCGGCGCAGGCGGCGGCGGCUCAAUCGCAGCACCGCCUCACCAAGGUGAAGGAGGAGCUCGCAGCUGUGCAGUCUUCCAGGCGCGAGACGCAACGGUGCACCGGAUUGACCUAUGACGGCAUGCACCAACAGCUCAAGGACACAACGAAGAAGAUGUGGCAACUUCAACUUGUGAACGAUCACCUCGAUGCAAAGGUGCGGGUGUUGGAGAGGGAGCUGGAGGAGAUGCGACUCAGUCGGUCGCCGGUAAGAAGACGUCAAGGAGGCAGCGAGACGCUCUUUUCUGCGGUAGAACAGGCAAGCAGGUCGGCGUCGCGCUUGACCACCGGGGCAGUGCACCCGAGCAAUGGCUGCUCCAGCAGUCACGGUACUGGCCGCAGCAGCGGUGUAAACAAUGCCCACUACGAGCGGCCGUUCGCGUUGUCACGUCGUGCAAGCACAGACGGCGCGGCAGGUCAUGGUUGCCGGGGUGUCAACUCUCAACUUGUGGGCCCUGGCGUCUGGACUGCGUACGAGGCGCGCAGCAGCCUCUUGACGCGCGCGACGCCAGUGAUGCAGCACGAAAAUUCAUCUCCGCGUCCACCCAUCACUCACGUGACCUACCCGCACGGAUCCUCUCUGGCGGCCGUUUCUGCCACCUCGAUAACUACCGGCACCGACAUGAAUGUCUCACAUAUGAGUGAGGACGGCACCGCGCACGCACCGCGGUGGAGCACGCAUCAGCGGAAUUUCCCGUCGACCACCCGUGCGGCGGGGGAUGGCGACAACGACAGCACCAGCAGCGGACGACAUCGACGCUUUGAGCGCACGGUGUCGCCGCCUCGCCAGCUCUCGCUCGACCGCACCCCUAUACCGCAACCCUCUGUGGCCUACCCACCAUAUGCCGAGGAGGCUGAAACAGACAACGAGUUUGACUCGAUCGCCUACGAUGACCCAUCACGGGGGGAGCAGAAUGCAGUAAAGCGCUACCCCACUGUGUCAGCGCAGACAAAUGUGGUUGAGUCUCUCCGCAGCGCGAUUCCCCGCUCCCCGGGGGGCCCCGCAACCAUUUCGACCCACUCGCAACCUUCGUCCGACGCCAAGUGUGAUGGGUGGUACCCACCGCCUCUGGCGGUUCCGCACGGCUUGGACAGCUUGAAGAGUGGCGAGGGCACAGCCAACAAGACACACGUCGUCGUCGCAGAAGGAGAGGAAGGGGAGCUGCAGCCGUCGUUAGCGUCGUUGUGCUCUUCGCCGACAGUGUCCAACUCACGUGCCAGGCUGGAGGCCCUGCGUCGCGAUAUCCUCCGACGCGCCGAGCAGCUGGAGCAGGAGGUGCAGGCAGUGACCUCCCGUUACGAUGCAGCGCGACGACAGCGGCGUCGCGAGAGGGAAACGCUGCGCGUGAACGUGUCCGUGCACAGCGCUAGCAACAGCCCAUCCACCUCUGAGCCGCGCGAUGACGAAGGUCGGCAGACGGUGGUGGUCAACGCUGUCGACGCCGACUCUGAGGCGCUCAACCGCGCCCUUGAGGUGCUCCACAUUGAGCAGCAGGAGGACGAUGAUGAACUCGAGCACUACUACGCCGAUGUAAACCAGAAACGGCUGAAGCUGGAGCGGUGCCUGUGCUCCAUUGAGGACAAGCUGGCCGCCCUUCUAUGA